AGGUUGAGGAGGUCAAGGUGUCCUUCCACACGUGUGUUUCCAGGCAGGCUGUGAUCUGUCUGUAACGUCAGUAGCUGGUAACUGGAACUUGGGGCUUAUCAAACCCUUGUAUUUUUUUUUAUUUACUAGUCAAAUUGACCAGGUUAUAAUCAUGUUAAAGACGCUUUCCCGAGCGGUGAGUACCGCAGUUCGAAUGUCUACAACGUCCUCGGCUCGAGUUCUCCAGCCUCUUACGAGGUCGGCGUUAUGCUCUCCAAACUCGGGAACAAUCCGGCCUUUCACCCGGUCUCUCUGGAUGAUGAGCAAUAAUGGUGCAGCAUCCGGGUACAGACCAAAACUCUUCAGUUCAAAAGGACCGAGUGCUGUAUCCUGUGGAUGUGAAUCGCUACAUACGGAAGGAGACAAAGCCUUUGGAGAUUUCCUGUCUGAUGAAAUUAAAGAAGAAAAGAAGAUCCAGAAAAGCAAGACUCUUCCCAAGAUGUCUGGAGGGUGGGAGCUAGAGCAGAACGGCACAGAAGCCAAACUCAUCAGGACAAUCUCUGGAGAAAAAGUGACUGUCACAUUCAACGUCAACAACAGUGUUCCCCCUAACUUUGAAGAGGAGGCUGAACAAGCACAGGGACAGAAGUCGGCAGAAAGUGAGCCAGAUAUUGUGUCAACACCCAACUUUGUUGUCGAGGUGACGAAACAGGCAGUAAAACAUUCCUUGGUGUUUGACUGCCAUUAUCCUGAAGAUGAGGCAAGCCAUGGGGAAGAGGAGAGUGAUAUCUUUGCCAUACGUGAGGUCAGUUUCCAGCCUGAGGGAGAAGGAGAGUGGAAGGAGACGGCCUACACACUCGACACAGACUCUCUGGACUGGGCCCUGUAUGACCACCUGAUGGACUUCCUGGCUGACCGCGGGGUUGACAACACGUUUGCUGAUGAACUGACGGAGCUGAGCACUGCCAUGGAGCAUCACGAAUACAUCAAGUUCCUGGAGGACCUUAGUGGCUUUGUCAAAUGCAAUUAAUGUAUAGAUGGAAUAAAAUUCAUCAAAGUUAGAUUUCUAAUUUCAGUAAGACACAAUCCCCCUCUAGAUUGAAAAUACAAAGAAAUGGAAACAAAUGAAAAAUAUUUAAUUUUUGGGGUGUUGUAUUUGUUUCUGCCACUUUGAACAAUUUAACUACUUUGCUGCAAAUGUUAAUGGUGCAACUUGCAAAUGAGUCUGUAUUUAACUGAAAAUUAAGUUAAUAUGAAGGCUGUCUGUGUCACUUGUCAACGUUAUGGAAGAAUCUUUAAAUGUUUCACCACACAAGUUAGUAUCAAUGACAAGUGUGGUUAGGCAUGAUUUUAUUUCCGACAUCUUUUUGUAAUAAAAAGGAGCAAGUAA